AUGUCCGAAUCUCUGGUGCCCAAGGUCGUGGGUGUGGCCUCGGUGCUUAUUGCCAUCACCACACUCUCUGUUUUGAUUCGAUUCUUCGUCCGCGGCUGUCUGUUGAGGAAGCUAGAUUGGGAUGACGGACUGGUCUUCGUCAGCUACUGCCUCACCAUGGUCUUCUGCAGCAUGGUCCUUGCCAGUGAGCACCCUCGACUCGACCUCGACAUGGGAAUGUUCUGGCUGACCGAUCGCACAGUGACCAAAGUUGGGUUUGGAUCUCAUCAGUACGAUCUUUCCGACGCUGAUGUGGAGCGAUUCUUCAAACUGCAAAUGGUGACGCCCGUCACCUACAUUUGGGGCUUCGUCACGGUCAAAAUGUCUUUUGCUGUGCUCUACCUCCGCCUGCUCCCCGAUCUGCUCAACAGACGCAUCAACCAGGGUCUGCUGGUGCUCUUGAUGGCCGAGGGCCUUGAGGAGUCACUGGUCGUCAUCUUUCAUUGCGUGCCCGUUGCGAAGGUCUGGGAUCACUCGCUCGAGGGCACGUGCCUGGAUCUCAAGCCUUUCUACUACGCCUCUUUUGUCGUCAAGUUCUUGACCGACAUUGUGCUCUUCGUGCAACCGAUUCCCGUGAUUUGGAGGAUGCAACUCUCCAAGAUUAAGAGGAUCGGCGCCAUCCUCAUGCUAUCCAUCGGGCUCUUUGUCUGUGUCAUUUCCAUUGUGCGCGUCUCCUACAUCGGGGCCAUCGGCCGUGAUUUCACCUAUGGCAUCGUCAACCCCAUGUUGUGGUCGAUGGUCGAGGUCUCGUCCCUCAUCGCCUGUUCCUGCGUGCCGUCACUGCGGCCGUUCCUGCGUUGCUUCCCGGCCAUCGACCGCGCGCUCGGCCUGACGUCAGAGAGGGAACUGCGGUCACCGUACAAGAUGGGGCGGCCGCCCAACGCAAACUCGCUGCCGCUGUCGCAGCGGAGCAAAUACAACCGGCCGAGGACGGGGGUGCAGAAGCCGGUCCAGUUUGGGCUCCAGAUGGGGUCCGGGUCCGCCGUCUCGCGGUCGGCCAGCUCGGAGGCGACGAGGACGUCGGCCGAUCAGGGGCACGGGGGCAUCACAGACACGGCGGGGGUCGAGGUCGUCGUGGAGAUGAUCGAGGAUGCGCAUCUGGCGGCCGGGUGGCGGUCGCCUGGGGCCGGGGGGGAUGAGGUCGAGCUGGUUGGGGCGUUGCAGGAUGAUACCCGCGAUUCGUUGGAGUUUCGCCACCAGGACACGAGCUGGUUGUCGAUGCGGCUUUGA